AUGGUUUUAAGAUUCGUUCAGCAAAGUAACGUCUUGAAACAAAGGGUUUCUAACCAAUUUGCUUCAAGUGCUAAAAAUAUACACCAACCUCAUAAUAUCUUUAGUCCACAAUCAAUAUAUUUAGAACGUACUCCCUCCCAGGAAUUACACUACUCUACUAAUGCUGGUACAACAACCACUACCCCAAAUAAUGUUAACAGUACCGUCUUUCCUAAUCCUGUAAGUGCUGCCGCUCCUACUAAUCCUUUGUUUAAUAAUAUUCAUAAGCAACAACACCAGCGCUCAAACAAUAAUAACCGUCAAAACCAUGGCUAUCCAAACACUAACAACAAUAAUACCAAUUUAAAAGUUGAUCCAAAUAGUCCAUGGUAUCACCAGGUUGUCACCUUUGAUGAAUGUGUUUUGACUUCAUUGCAAAUGUCUCGUUCCACCACAAAUGUAAACUAUUAUUACAAGAAAUACAACAAAAACAAUACAAAUUUCAAUACCAACAAUAGAAAUGCUAUAAAUAAUAGCAAUUUUACAGCCCCAUUGUUUUGGGAUAGCAUUGGUAAAGCCAUGGGUUUGUAUCGUAUUUUGGUUGAAACUCCAGAAAUGAACUCCAAUAGAUGUUCCAUGUUGAUCCACCUGUUGCAUAAUGGCUUAAGAGCCAACCGUAACCAAUUAACUAGGAUGAAUAAAAAACCAGAUUACGACUCCCAAUCUUUCCACAAAGAAAUGACCAACUAUUUGUGUGAUUCUUUGAGAGAAAUUGCCAGUGACGUUUUGCAAAAUAAAACCGGUGUUAAUGAGUAUGGUUGUAUGCAUUUGAUCACUGCUUUUAAAGAAUUAUUAUUGGAAGAAGAGGCUGUUGAUAUUUGGAGAAAUGGGUUGAAUAACCAGUUGACCCAUGAAUACUUCCUAAACCCAAGAGUGGUUGGUGUCAUUUUACCCAUUUUGUACCAACACGGUGUUUCUUUCGACGAAAUAUCUAAGCUAUACCAAGACUCAUCAAACUUAAUUUCGUAUUUCCAUCCUAAUUUAAGUGUUGGUAUGAUUAGAGCCUGUUUGAGUGCCGGAGAGAACAUGAAAGCCUUGGAAUUGUUUACCAAAUUGUGCGAGGAAAGCUCAGAAAGAAAGUUUGGUUAUUUAAUCGAAACCCAUUUAUCUUUUAUUGGUGAGUGCAAAGAUUUGAAUUUAGCUGAAUCUUUUUUCAUCAAAGCUUUAAACAAUGAAAUGCCAUACAGAAUUGAUUUGCAAGUUUCGUAUGUUAAGAAAUUUAUGACCAAUAUCUGGUACCAAUUGGGCGACUUUAAUAAGGUGUAUGAUGUUUGGUAUAAAUCUUCCAUUCAUUACGGCUCACGUGUGAAUCAUGGUAUUUCCUCGUCCCUAAAUGACACCUUUUUUGAUAUUUUUUUCCGCAAGUUUACUGUUUUUAACGAGGAAGGGUUUACCAACUUGCAAAAUAUUAUUAUGACUUAUAAUACUAUAAAACCAAUUGAUGAACCCUUUUUCAACAUCAUUUUGACCAAGGCAGCUGCCCAAUGGCGUGAUCGUUCCAUUAUUGACUUUGUUAACCAAUCUUACAAAGCAUUUAAUAUUCCUAAAACAAUUGUCGCCUAUAGAAUUUUGUUGAAAAGUUUAGGGUCUAUUGACAAUGUUAGCUCCAAUGAGAUUUUAAGUAGAUGGAAUGAGUUGGUUAUGAAAACUGAUGAGGUAGGCCAAGGGUUUAUUGCUAAUGCUGAUUGGGCUGCCUUGAGAGAUGCUUGUGUUACUUGGGCCCAAGAAAAAUCAGACAUUUUAAUGGAAAAUAAUGUUGUUGCCAAUAAUACCAAUGAUAAUUAUAAUCCUGCUGUUCAAGCUUUGAAUGCUAGCGGUGCUUUUGAUCAACAUGCCACUUCAAAUGAAGAAUUGGAUACUACCUCCAAGCAAAAUACGGCUUUGACUUCCUCUUCUUCUGCUGCUGCUACUGCUGCUGCUGCUGCUGUUGCUCCUUCCAACAAUACUGCCGCAGCAACCAUUGCUGGUAGCAAUGAUAAUAAUAAUGCCACUACCCCAACCAAGGAGGAAAGUAUGGCCCAAAUUAAUGAAAGGAUUAUCUUGUAUUUGAAAGUUGUACGUGUUUAUUCCAAAUACUGUCGUGAUGCUCAACAAUACAAUAGAUUAACCACUGGUGCUACUAAGAAAUAUAGUAUUUUGGGUCCAUUUUUAAGUCAAAACUACGAUUGUAGUGAUAUUUAUCUUCCACAAUUUGUUAAUUUAAGAGAGAAUAAUUGA